AUGAUUUGCUCGGCUGCGAGACGCUACACGCUUCGAGCUCUCUCAAGGGGGGGAGCGCCCAGAACCAGAACUUCCUCUGUUGUGCCGUCGACCUCCAGUGCUGCCGUCUGGUACCGCACUCACAUGAAUCACGGUGGAGAUCCCAAUCUGAAAGAUGUCUCUGCUACGGCGCCAGGACCUCGCUCUGCAGGCAUUGGAUUGGGAUUGGAAGGUGCUACCGGUCUCCACAAUAUCCUUCGACUCUUGGAGAGUUCUCAUGGACCACACGCCGUGGCGCUACCAUCAUCGCAAGGGUUUGCCUGGCACCCAGAGGCGAAAAUCUGGACACACAAUGACACGGAGGGAUGGAUACUCACCAGUAUCGACAGUAGUAGUACGGAACAACAAAGUAGUCGCACAGCUACCAUGACGACUCCAUCGGUACAAUGGCUGAUUUUUUCAGAUGCCAGAACCGCACUGGCCAAAGUCAUGGGCAUGGAUGGAUUGCCCCGUUAUUUGUCCAUUUUGCAACUCGAUGAACACAAACCGCACAAUGACGGAUGGAGAAUUGUGCGAGAAGUCAUUUCUGCUGGUGGACGCAAUUAUCCUUCCAAAUCCUUCACGUCCGUCAAGAGCAGUGUGCUGUCAUAUCUAGAUGUGGAACACGGAGGGGGACUAGACGACAAGGAACACGCCGAAACUAUUUUCGCUGAUCAAGCCAGUUUAUUGACGGUGGGCAGUAGUGACCACGAGACGCCGCAAGACUGGCAAGCUCCGGCCGGACACUUUUUGGAAAUUCCAAUGACCACCUAUUUGGACGGGGUCCUCACGCAGACUAUGCACGGGUUUGAAGCCUCUCAACAUGACGAUAUUGUAUCCAUUGAUGUCCUGCCCUGUGGAAAUGCCGCGGCUGCCGUCGUAAGAGUUGGAAAUGGAAAUCAGUCACAAGUCUUUGAAGAUCAUUUGCUAUUGGGACGAUCCAAAGGUGUAGAGGAUUGGAACUAUUGGCGCAUCUUAUCCAAGACGUUUUCACCCCAUCCAUGGCCACAAGAUGAUGAUGACUUGAAUAGUACUACGUCGAAGACGACGACAAUAUAA